AUGCACCUUCGCAGACCCGUGGGGGGAAAAGAUUGUGAAGGCGGGGGUUGGUGGGGAGUUGUACCUGGGCGGUUUAAUGGAUGGCUGCGAAAGAACAGCAAAUGGAAGAACCGCACCCCUGUGCUGAACACUAGCGAUAAAUGUAUUCAAGAGCCAGAAAUUGAGAUUCGAAUCAUAAUUAGCCGGAGGGAUUCUGCACCUAACGUUGAGGAUGGACGAUACUCUAUGCUCACUAAGAGGAUCGACCAGCCUUCCCCUUUGUUCAAGCGCCAUAGCUUAUGGGCUGUUUGA